AAAAACUAGAACAAAUCCCUUUCACUGUUUUACACAUAUGUAAAACAAAAAAAAAGAAAGACCCUCCCCUGCUCUGAUUUACGAAGUUCUAGUUUUUCUUUCAAUCAUGGUGAUCCCCAUAGUUGAUAUUUGUCCCGAGGUUUAAAGGGACAACGGAGGCUUCUUGAGUCAACGCUCUCUACUCGACCUAGUCCACUCUAAACGCUACUAUAAUCAAAUCUCCGACCACCACCUUGCUCCGGCAGCUUUCAUGGAGGUUGGUACGGUAUGGGAAUCAGUUCUGGAGCAGACUAAAUCUGCUCAGGACAAGAACAGUGACCCACUUGUUUGGGCGGUUCAACUCAGUUCUAGGCUUAACUCAGCUGGGGUUUCAUUGCCUUCGAUCGACCUGGCUCAUCUUCUUGUUUCUCACAUCUGCUGGGAUAAUCACUUGCCCAUUACGUGGAAGUUCCUGGAGAAGGCCUUGACUGCCAAUUUCGUCCCUCCCAUGCUCGUUCUUGCCCUUCUCUCUACGCGGGUCAUUCCAAAGCGUAAGUUUCAUCCUACAGCAUAUCGGCUUUACAUGGAACUCCUUAGGAGACAUGCCUUUCCACUUAAAUGUCAAAUCAAUGGGCUAAAUUAUCAAAAGAUUAUGAAAUCAAUAGAUGAUGUUCUACAUCUUUCCCUGAUAUUUGGCGUUCAAGUGUCUGAACCUGGUCUGCUUCUAGUUGAAUUUGUUUUUUCAAUUGUAUGGCAACUGCUUGAUGCUUCACUAGAUGAUGAAGGGUUACUGGAACUUACACCAGAAAAGAGAUCUAUAUGGCCUACUGUAACUCAAGACAUGGAAAUAGAUACCGCUGACAACUUUAAUGAGACGAGAAGUGCGCACCAUGAUGUGCUGUAUAAAGGAAAUACUAUGAUAGCUAUUGAGAUAAUUGGGGAAUUUCUGCAAAAUAAAGUGACUUCGAGGAUUCUUUUCUUGGCACGAAGAAACAUGCCAUCACAUUGGGAAGCUUUCAUUCAGCAAUUAAGAGUUCUUGCAGCAAAGUCCGUGGCAUUGAGAAAUUCAAAACAUAUUACACCAGAGAAGCUUCUGCAGCUGACAUCUGAUACACAUAACGUUCUAUCUAGAGAAUGUAAAAGAAUAUCUCAACAAGUGUUACACGCUGUUAUGGGCGAUGGGUCCCUAACAUCUCCAUCUGGUCAGUGGCACGGAACUAGUCCUUCUGCACUUUGGCUUCCUAUUGAUAUGUUUCUUGAGGAUGCUAUGGCUGGGCCCCAGGUGGCUGCAAGUGGUGCUAUUGAUAGACUUGCUGGUUUAGUAAAGGCUUUACAAGCAGUCAAUGGUACAACUUGGCACGAUGCAUUUCUAGGUCUAUGGAUUGCAGCUUUGAGGCUUGUUCAAAGGGAAAGGGACAUUAUUGAGGGUCCUGUACCUCGCCUUGAUACCUGCUUUUGCAUGUUAUUGUCUAUCACCACGCUUGUGGUGGCCAAUAUUGUUGAGGAAGAGGAAAGUGAGUUGAUUGAUGAAACUGAUGGUAGCCCGUCGAAUCCAACAAAAGAGAAGCAAACCACGGGAAGAUGUCGUAAGGGUUUAAUAUCCAGCUUACAGAUGUUGGGCGAUUAUGAGGCUUUAUUGACUCCACCUCAAGCAGUUUGUUCAGUAGCCAACCAGGCUGCUGCCAAAGCAAUCAUGUUUCAUUCUGGUCGCACAGUUGGCAAUGGAUACUAUGAGUGCAUGAGCAUUAAUGACAUGCCCAUGAAUUGCUCUGGAAACUUGCGGCAUCUGAUUAUUGAGGCUUGUAUUUCCAGAAAUCUAUUGGACACAUCAGCAUAUCUCUGGCCAGGCUAUGUAAAUGUACGUGCAAAUAUACCCCUUAGUGUUCCUAGUCAAGUGCCUGGUUGGUCGUCGUUGAUGAAAGGAUCCCCUCUAACUCCUACGUUGAUAAAUGCGUUGGUUGCUACUCCGGCUUCUAGCUUACCAGAGAUCGAGAAAAUAUACGAGAUUGCAACCAAAGGUUCGGAUGAUGAGAAGAUAUCUGCUGCUAGCAUUCUUUGUGGGGCAUCUCUAGUGCGUGGUUGGAAUAUACAGGAACAAGUUGUUCUCUUCAUUAUAAGUUUGUUGUCGCCACCAGUUCCUGCUGACUAUUCUGGGAGUGAGAGCCAUUUGAUCAGAUAUGCCCCAUUUUUUAAUGUUCUUCUUGUUGGAAUAUCACCUGUAGAUUGCAUCCAGAUCUUCUCUUUACAUGGCAUGGUUCCCCUACUUGCUGGUGCAUUGAUGCCCCUUUGUGAGGUUUUCGGGUCAACUGCUCCCAAUGGUUCGUGGACUCUUCCAACGGGGGAAGAACUGACUAGUCAUGCGGUUUUCAGCAAUGCAUUCACUAUUCUACUGAUGUUAUGGAAGUUUGAUCAUCCACCUGUUGAACAUGUGAUGAGAGAUGCAACGCCAGUGGGAUCUGAACGAAGUCCGGAUUAUCUGUUGUUGGUUAGAAACUCUAAAUUAUCAGCUUUUGGCAAAUCAGCGAAGGAUCAUUUGAAAAUUAGAAGAAUGUCAAAAAUUUUAAACUUCUGUAUGGAACCCAUUUUUAUGGAUUCCUUUCCCAAGUUAAAACGCUGGUACCGGCAGCAUCAAAAAUGCAUUGCUUCGACCCUAUCAGGACUUGUACAAGGGACCACUGUUCAUCAGAUUGUUGAUGCACUCCUCAAUAUGAUGUUCCGGAAGAUAGGCAGGGCUGCUCAGUCUUCAACUUCUACAACUUCCGGAAGUAGUAGUUCUUCUGCAUCUGGAGCUGAGGAUAUCUUGGCAAGACUAAAAGUGCCAGCAUGGGAUAUCCUGGAAGGAGCUCCCUAUGUGCUUGAUGCAGCUCUGACAGCCUGUGCCCAUGGAAGAAUCGCACCCCGUGAACUGGCAACAGGACUUAAAGAUCUUGCUGAUUUCCUUCCGGCAACCCUGGGAACCAUCAUUAGCUACUUCUCUGCUGAAGUAACACGAGGUAUAUGGAAGCCCGUUUUUAUGAAUGGAACAGAUUGGCCUAGUCCCUUGGCAAAUUUAUCCGUCGUUCUGCAACAAAUCAAAAAAUUUAUAGCUGCCACAGGUGUUGAUGUCCCAAGCCUUGAAACAGGGGGAAGCUCUCCAGCUAUGCUUCCUUUGCCCUUGGCUGCCCUCGUUAGCCUCACGAUAACCUAUAAACUUGAUAAAUCCUCUGAGCGCUACCUUGUAUUACUUGGCCCAGCAAUGAGUUCCCUAGGUGGGAGUUGUCCUUGGCCAUGUAUGCCCAUCAUAUCUGCACUAUGGGCUCAGAAGGUUAAGCGGUGGAAUGAUUUCCUUGUAUUCACUUCUGCUCGUACUGUCUUCCACCACAACAGCGAUGCUGUAGUUCAGCUUCUUAGGAGUUGCUUCACGGCUACUCUUGGAUUAAGCCCUUCUAUCAUGUGCAGCAAUGGUGGAGUGGGUGCACUCCUCGGUCAUGGAUUUGGCUCUCAUUUCUCAGGGGGAAUGGCUCCGGUUUCCCCAGGGAUUAUGUACUUACGAUCACAUCGAACAAUCAGAGAUAUCAUGUUUAUGACAGAAGAAAUCGUUUCUCUUUUAAUGUUUUCUGUAAAAGAGAUUGCCAGUAGGUUAUCCCAGGAGAAAAUGGAGAAGCUGAAAAAGACGACGUUCGGGCUGAGAUAUGGCCAAGUUUCUCUUGGAACAGCAAUGACACGAGUCAAACUCGCUGCUUCACUUGGGGCUUCAUUGGUUUGGCUAUCCGGUGGAUUAAGCUUAGUCCAAUCAUUGAUUAAAGAAACAUUACCUUCUUGGUUCAUAUCAGCCCAUACACCUGAGCUGGACCGUGGGGAACCUGGAGGUGUAGUUUCCAUGCUAAGGGGUUAUGCACUUGCAUACUUUGCUGUACUUUGUGGUACAUUCGCAUGGGGUGUGGACUCAGUCUCACCAGAAUCAAGACGGCGACCAAAAGUUCUCGACUCACACUUGGAAUUUGUUGCAAGUGCAUUAGAUGGGAAAAUAUCGCUCGGAUGUGAUUACGCCACUUGGCGUGCAUACGUAACUGGUUUUGUGAGCCUGAUGGUAGGAUGCACUCACAAGUGGGUUUUGGAUGUCAAUGUUGAUGUUUUGAAAAGGCUGAGCGAUGGAUUGAGGCAGUGGAAUGAGGAAGAACUGGCUAUAGCUUUGCUCGGACUUGGCGGUGCCACUGCUACGGGCACAGCUGCUGAAUUGAUUGUCGAAAUCGGAGCUUAAAUUUUGAAAUACCCUUAUUUGCUACUUAUUCACUUCAUGUAGAUGUAUUUCAUUACUUUCUAAGAAUUUUGAAACAGGGAAUUGAUGAAAACUAAUCUGAAGUACAUUUCUGUAAAUAUGGUCCAAGCAAUUCUUUUUGUUUUAUAAAUUUUAAUUUGGAUUA